AUGGCCGUGGACGUGGCUGAACACCACCUGAGCGUCAUCAAGAGCCCACCGGACUGGGAGGUGGGCGUCUACGCCGCGGGGGCCCUGGCGCUGCUCGGCAUCACGGCCGUGAGCCUGUGGAAGCUCUGGACAUCGGGGAGCUUCCCCAGCCCCUCCCCCUUCCCCAACUACAACUUCAGGUACCUGCAGCGGAAGUACGGCGAGACGGCAGAGGCCAGGCAGAAGAGAGCGCCUGCCUGGGGUGCCCAGCGGGCCAGCCCUCGGGGACCACCCAGUCGCAAAGGCAGCCUCAGCAUGGAGGACACCUUCGAGAGCAUCAGCGAGCUGGGGCCGCUGGAGCUGAUGGGCCGGGAGCUGGACCUGGCCCCCUACGGGACCCUCCGCAAGUCCCAGUCCGUGGACUCCGUCAACUCCAUCUCCUCCGUGAGCAACACCUUCGGGCAGGACUUCACGCUGGGCCAGGUGGAGGUGGGCAUGGACUAUGACGCCGCCUCCCAGGCCCUCCACGUGGCCGUGCUGCAGGGGAAGGACCUUCUGGAGCGGGAGGAGACCAGCUUCGAGUCCUGCUUCAUGCGCAUUAGCCUGCUGCCCGAGGAGCAGAUCGUGGGCAUCUCCCGGAUCCAGAGGAAUGCCUACUCCACCAUCUUCUUCGACGAGAAGUUCUCCGUCCCCCUGGACCCCGCGGCCCUGGAGGAGAAGAGCCUGCGGUUCUCGGUGUUCGGCAUCGACGAGGACGAGCGGAACGUCAGCACGGGCGCCGUGGAGCUGAAGCUGUCCGUGCUGGACCUCCCGCUGCAGCCCUUCAGCGGCUGGCUCUACCUGCAGGACCAGAACAAGGCCGCCGACGCCGUGGGCGAGAUCCUGCUGUCCCUCAGCUACCUGCCCACGGCCGAGCGCCUCACCGUGGUCGUGGUGAAGGCCAAGAAUCUCAUCUGGACCGGCGACAAGACCACGGCGGACCCCUACGUGAAGGUGUACCUGCUGCAGGACGGGAGGAAGAUGAGCAAAAAGAGGACCGCCGUGAAGAGGGACGACCCCAACCCCGUGUUCAAUGAGGCCAUGAUCUUCUCAGUGCCGGCCAUCGUGCUCCAGGACCUGUCCCUCCGCGUGACCGUGGCCGAGAGCACCAGCGACGGCCGUGGGGACAACAUCGGCCACGUCAUCAUCGGGCCGGCGGCGAGCGGCAUGGGCACCACCCACUGGAACCAGAUGCUGGCCACGCUGCGCAGGCCCGUGUCCAUGUGGCAUCCCGUCCGGCGAAACUAG